ACGUCACUGUCACUAACUGAACUGUCAAUCAACUGUCACAGUCCGAGCGAGCAUAACCUCAAAAAGUAGAAACAGUAAUUACAUUCAGAACAAAAUAUUUGUUUAUUUUAUCGCCAACGCGUACAGUCAUUCGAAGCCCGCAAUCACUAAAAGAUUCCUGCGGAACGUGAGGACAUCCCGCUCGUCGGCGCUUUCGGAGCCAUCGGAUGACCCGCUACUACUACUUGGAGGUGGAGCUGUAAGCAUCCCGGUGCAGACUGCAGAGAAUGGAAAACCGUUCGGUGUUAUCGUCCGGUCCGGACGGCAAGGAUAUGGUGAUUGUGGCUUCGCGGGAGGAGUUGGCCAUACCCAGUAAGGUCACGCUGCCUGAACCAGAACCAGCCCCGGGCCUCAUCCUGCCCGAUGGAUCCAUCAACUGGGGCUGCCCAUGCCUCGGAGGCAUGGCCACAGGACCUUGUGGCACACAAUUCAGGGAUGCCUUUUCAUGCUUCCACUACAGUGACGCAGAGCCAAAAGGUAGCGAUUGCUACGAGAAGUUCAGCGUGAUGCAGGAGUGCAUGGCGCACUACCCGGAGCUAUACGGCAAGGACGACGACGAGCUGGCGGCCGCGCUCGACGAGGCCGCCGGCGACGCGCCCGCCGCCGACAAGCCCGCCGCCGACAAGCCCGCCGCCGACAAGCCCGCCGCCGACAAGCCCGCCGCCGACAAGCCCGCCGCCGACAAGCCCGCCGCCGACAAGCCCGCCGCCGACAAGCCCGCCGCCGACAAGCCCGCCGACAACACCGUCGACUCGCCCGCCGACAAGUGACACCCGACUGCUCUGCAAUGUAGCUUCAAUGGAAGUAUGGUAAAGAGAGCUCGGUGCCAAAUAUUCCUUUCAAACUUAAAAUUUCAUUGAAAUAUGCAACGCAAUAGAUUGUUUUAGCCUAACCACAGGCCUAACUGGUAGUACUGGUACAGUCAGCAUCAAAUAGCUUGUAACACCUAAAGUGGUAAAAAAGUUGUCAACACAAACUUAUUCCAAUUUUAUUGUAACAAAGACGUGUUGCGACGUUGCCGCGCUGACUGUAGUCUCUAUACAAGACAUAUCAUGUCUUGUAUAGAAUAACAUAAGCAAUAAUAUUAUUAUUGCUUUUUGGCUGUUUGCAAUCAACAAUUUGUGACUGGUUAUAUUCUAAACGCAGAAUGUAAUAGGACAGGACACAAUUCAAUACUAAAGUAUUUGUUUUACUUAGAACCUAAAGUAAGUACAUACUUAUAAACUUGUAACUUGUAAAUUGCAAUGUCCGCAGUGUGCAAAGAAGCAAUGUAAUUAUAUACUGUCCAAAAUAUCCAAUUAUUUAUCCAAAAAAUAUGAUGAUGAUUGCUAUUUGAGCUCAUAUUUUGUUUAAAAUGGUUACAUACUUAAGUUUGGUCAACAUUUUUAAUUGUAUUUUAUGUUUCAUGAACACCAUUAGGUCACCUGGCAAAAUAUUUAUUAUAACGGGCUCAUAUCUUUCGGAUAGUAGUAGUUUUGUUAUUAAUUUAAUUUAUAGAAUUAGCUUUUGAGUUCAGCAGCGAGCCUGCAGACUGUUUGCAUUUACGUCGCUGUUUAAAAGACAUGUAGUGGACCUUAUAAUUAUUGUAGAUGAUUGAAGGUGAUCAUAAGCUUUAGUUAAUAAAGUUUAUACGCUAA